AUGGUGUCCAGCAUGGUGUCCAAGGUGUACUUUCUAGCGCGCAUGAUUGCGGAGCACAUCCUUGAUUUGCAUCGUGCAAGGGAUGUAGACUUCCUCCUCAUUCUGUUGCUUGAGGGGUUCUCCCUCGGGAAGGAGUGGGAGGUGCGGGUGGUUGUGGCAGACGUUGCCCAGAAAGUCGUGAACGUCUUAGAUCGCCCGACGAUAGCCUUCAUAACGCCAUCGAAGGGGGAGGAAAAUGAAGAGAUAAAGGACUUCAACUCCGGUGAUGAAAUGAUAACAAGGCCGACAAGGCUGCAAAUUGACUACUGGUGCUACAGCUACAGGUUACAUGUAUACAAGCCUUCUGCUCCAGCAGUGCAAUCAGCUGAAGCAACAGCCAUGGACCACCACCGGUUCCUUGCCCUCCUCUCUACGCUGAUUCUCCUCAGGCUCAGGGUGACAGCCUCUGCCGCCGGCGAGAGCACGCUGACACCUUCCAUGACCCUCGCCGGCGACCAGAGGCUGGUCUCGCCGGCGGACAUCUUCCGCCUCGGCCUCUUCCCCGCCGUCAACCGCUCCAGGUGGUUUCUUGGAAUUUGGUUCACUGUCUCGCCCGACACCGUCGUCUGGGUCGCCAACCGCGACCGCCCGCUGAGCAGCCCGUCCGGCGUGCUCGCCAUCAGCGCCGCCCGGGGAGGGCUGGUCCUCCUCGACGGCGCGGGCAACGAGACCGUUGUCUGGUCGUCGUCCAACUCCUCCGCCGCCGCCGCCGGGGUGGUAGCGGUGGUGCAGGCGGAGCUCCUCGAUACCGGCAACCUGGUGGUCAGGGACAAGGACGGCAACGUGCUGUGGCAGAGCUUCGAGCACCCGACGAACACGUUCCUCCCCGGGAUACGUGUUGGGAAGGACCUCAGGACCGGCGCCGAGUGGUCGCUCUCGUCGUGGCGCAGCGCCGACGACCCGUCGCCCGGCGACUUCAGGGGGUUCGCGCCGCGGUCGCCGGCGGAGUGGUACAUGCGGAACACGUCCGGCGGCUGCGGCCGCAGGACGCCGCUGCAGUGCGGUGCCGGCGGCGGCGGUGGCGGUGGCGGUGGCGGUGGCGAGGACGGGUUCUACCUACUGCGCGGCGUGAAGCUGCCGGAGACGCACGGCUGCGCCGUGGACACCGGCGCCACGCUCGAGGAGUGCCGGCGGAGGUGCCUGUCCGACUGCAACUGCACGGCCUUCUCCGGCGCCGACAUCCGCGGAAGCGGGAGCGGGUGCAUACAGUGGUUCGGCGAGCUGAUGGACACGCGGUUCGUCGACGGCGGGCAGGAUCUCUACGUCCGCCUUGCAAAGUCUGAAUUAGGUUUGCAACACUUUACAAGGACAAACAAGUUUGUGCUAGUCAUCACACUGGUGAUUACAGGGUUCGUGUUGCUUCUCCUGUCGCUUGGAUUAUUUCUGAUUUGGAGAAAGGCGCGGCGCGGUAAAAAAGUCAGCGUUCUUGAUGAGACAGGUGAUUUCAUCAGUGAAUGUCCUACUUAUCCUUUCGAGAUUAUUAGAGCGGCUACGAAUGGAUUCUCUCGUAAGAACGAAAUUGGGCGAGGUGGAUUUGGAAUUGUUUACAAGGGCCAGUUGCCAGAUGGCCAGGAAAUUGCUGUCAAGCAGCUAUCAAAGGAGAACACGGUUCAAGGGCUCAAAGAAUUCAUGAAUGAGGUUGACCUCAUCUGUAAGCUGCAGCACCGAAACCUCGUCCGCCUUCUCGGCUACUGCAUCCACUGUUCAGAGAGACUGCUCGUCUACGAAUUUAUGAGCAACAAGAGCCUAGACACCUUCAUCUUUGGUAAGAGAAGGGACCUGACGUUGAGCUGGAAAACGAGAAUGGGCAUCAUCCUGGACAUCGCCAGUGGGCUGCUCUACCUCCACAAGGACUCCAGGCACACCAUCAUCCACCGAGAUCUGAAGGCGGCCAAUGUUCUCCUCGACGCAGACAUGGUGGCCAAGAUCUCAGAUUUCGGGAUUGCAAGGCUCUUUUGCUGCAAUGGCGGCCACCGGGACUGCACAAUCACAGACAGGAUUAUUGGGACACAUGGAUACAUGUCACCUGAAUACGCGAUGGAUGGCAGGCUGUCAUUCAUGCAGGACGUGUAUAGCUUCGGCGUCCUUCUGCUGGAGAUUGUUAGUGGCAAGAGCAACCAACAAACCUCAAGCCUGAUAGCACAUACAUGGAGGCUAUGGGAAGAAGGCAGGAACCUGGAGCUCCUUGACCCGGCCGUGCGCGGCGAGUGCACCGCCGGCGAGCUGGAGCAGGCGACGACGUGCAUCCAGGUGGGGCUGCUGUGCGUCCAGGAGAGCCCCGACCAGCGGCCGCCGAUGGCCGACGUGAUCCACAUGCUGUCGCGGGAGAAGGCGCUGGGGCAGCCGCGGCGGCCGGUGGUGUGCACGCCGCUGGGAGCGAGACCGCGCCCUGGCGGCGGCGCCGUCGAUCACGGCGCGGAGGAGACGACCACCUGCGGCCUGACCAUCACCGACCUCGAAGCGCGAUAG